AUGAUUAAUAAUUAUGAUAUUUCAUGCAUAAUAGAACCUGUUGAAAAGAGAGGGGGAUUAUUUCAUGGUUCCAUAAUUACUGCUACUAAUAUGAAUGCACUUAACUAAUACAAUAUUACAUGUGUUUUAUCUGUUUGUUCAGAAUUUAGUAAUCUAUUAUUUUAUUUCAGCAAUUUAAUAUGGUCCAGAGAUUAAUAAUCUUGUACUUGAUUGUCAUGAUACUCCACUUUAAGACAUGACUUCACUUUUUGAUUAAGCUCAUACUUUUUUAGAAACAUCCAGAUAAUUUACUAAUGUUUUAGUUCAUUGUCAUGCUGGAAAAUCAAGAUCAACUGCAAUAGUGAUCUCUUAUUUAAUGAAAAAAAGAAAUCUAAAUCUAGAAUAAGCAUUAAUCUAUGUUAAACAUUAAAGACCCAUUGCUUCACCUAAUCCUGGAUUCAUCAAAUAACUAUUAUUAUAUGAACAAAAUCUAUAUGGCAAAAUUACUUCACUUUUAACUGAAUCAAUCACUCCAUAUUUUUAAAUACAGUAAUAAUUACAAGCUCAAUCACCUAAUAAUACUCCUGCCAAAUAAAGAACUUCCAUUAAGCUUUAAGAUAACUAUUCUGAUACUAAAAGAUAACCUUUAAAUUCACCAAUACGCUCUGUCCCUUCAAGUUUUCCAUUCAUUGUUUAAUCUCCACCCUAAACUAAAUCAUAAAUUUAUCAAGAAUAAUAUCAAUUCAAUACACCAUAAAUACCUAAACAUCCGAAUACCAAUACUUUUUCAUUUUAAUAACCCAUCUCUGUACCCUUUACUGUACCUAUAUCCAAGGAAAUAGUUUAGGCCAUUAAAAAAAAUAAUGAUUAAUAAUAAGUAGAAUGA